GUUUCCGUGGGUCUUGGAGAAAUCAGGUGGAAGGUGCUAGAAGAAACUUGAGAGAUCCCUGUGAGGAUGGAACAGCGAAAGGAAGAGACUGGGCCUGAGGGGAACAGCCUGCCCCUGCCAUCACCUGGGACUGAGUCGUGGCCCCUUCCACCUUUCCCAGCCCUGCCACCUGCUCUCUUGGGCACCCCAGAUCCAGCCCACCUGGGUCUCCCCGAGAACCUGGCCUCUGUCACGGUCCCCAUCCGUCUGGAUGCCCUCUCCUACCUUCUGCACAGUGCCCUGAUGGGGGCGUACACCUUUCAACAGUCCUUGCCCUCCUGCCCCUGCAACCCCCAAGCAAAUUGCACCCACCCAGGCACCACCAAGAGGCCAUCCAGGGGACGCGGGGGCUGGGACGUCCCACGCAGGCCAGGCCGGGGCCGGAGCCAGCGGCGAUGGGGACCUGGGAGAGCUGAGCAGCCAGAGAAGGGCUGGGCAGGGGGCUCUGGGGCUGGCCUCAGGACCCCGCUGAUGACACCACCAUCACCACCAGCACCGCCUGCCCAGGAUGAGAAGAAGGAAGUGCAAGGUCCGGAGCCACCCUUGGACCUGUCACCUGCGGCUGAGGACUGGGAUGCUGAAUAUUAGGACUCUGGUGGGGGGAGGGCACCCUCGGGGUCACCGCGAGGGUUUUCCUGGAGCUGCCAGCCAUGUCAACCCUGUCAAAGGUACCCUAAGAAGCAUCCAGCUCCCAUCCUUCUUCCCCCAAAACCAUGGCUUUAGGAGUGGAGCCUGAGAGUCAGCUGGUGAAAUCUGGACCUGACUUAGGAUUCCAAGCUAAAAAAGCCUUAAACCUCAUACUCAGUGACUCUCCCCAUUCUGACAGUAACCCCAACUAUAGCGACAACCCUCACCUCAUUCUCAACCCCAGGGGCUCCUCCAACUCCAUCCAGACCCCAUUCUUAACCCCAAAGCUACUCACAGGUACCUGUGCAGCCCCCAUCCCAUCCCCACUCUCGGUGCCAUAGUCCCAAUCCCAUUCAUUCCCAUCUCCGUCCCCAUCUACACCCCAACCCACU